AGCGUAAUUAAGUUUUAUAAUUCGAAAGUGAUGGACUUCGUUUUAUUGUUCGAAAUUCCGAAAGCAGAUAAUAAUAGUGAUCAAAAGUUUCGAUGUUGUCUUCCAGUUAACGUAGGAACCUAAAUUCUUAAUAAAUAACAUAUCAUUUCGGUACAACAAAUUUUAGAGUAGAAUCACCAUUAGCCUGUGAGUCUCUACAGCAACCUUCUCGUGGUUAUGAAUGAAUAGGUUAUAUAAUUUAUUCAACUUAACACCGAUGAAAUAGGCAUUUAGUGGGCAAACAAUAUUUCCCUACUACGCUUGUAGUUCAUAUUUUGUCCAAAUUUGUCGCUGAAAUCAUAUAUGACAUAGCAAAACAUUAAACAAUCUUGAUGCAAUUGAAUGCGAAAAAGAAUGACGACGCGGUUAACAUCUUUGCCUUUAGUAUCUAAAAUUUCAAAUAAAAUCAUUCGGAUUCUUGGCUGUAAUCCUGGUCCUAUGACACUUCAAGGCACAAAUACAUAUCUUGUUGGUACAGGAACAAGGCGUGCAUUAAUUGAUACAGGAGACACAGAAACAUCAGCCGAGUAUAUUAAAUUAUUGAAAAAUGUACUUGUAGAAGAAAAUGCUACGAUCGAGCAUGUGAUAGUCACACACUGGCAUCACGAUCAUAUCGGUGGUAUAAAUUCUGUUCAAGAAUUAUUGACAACAAAGUCUAAUAGCAAUCCACCAAUAAUAUGGAAAUUACCUACAUAUGAAGCACUUCAAGCAACACCCGAUCUUUUAAAACAAUGUAAAUCAUUAAAAGAUGAACAAAUAAUUGAAGUAGAAGGAGCAAAAAUACAAGUGAAACAUACACCUGGACAUACAACGGAUCAUGCAUGUCUAUUAUUAAAGGAUGAACAUAGUUUGUUUAGUGGCGAUUGCAUCUUGGGUGAAGGCACCGCUGUAUUUGAAGAUUUAUAUGAUUAUAUGAUUUCUUUACAAAAAAUUUUGAAUAUAAAACCAUCUGUAAUUUAUCCUGGACAUGGCCCUAUAAUAGAAGAUCCUAUUCCACGUAUUGAGUAUUAUAUUCAGCAUCGAAAACAAAGGGAAGAACAAAUUGUAAAUGUUUUAAAAGAAAAUAGCAAUUCUAGUUUCAUGUCAGAAAUGGAUAUUGUACAAAUUAUAUAUAAGGACACUCCAAAAAACCUUUGGCCUGCAGCAGCACAUAAUGUAAUGCAUCAUUUACAAAAAUUACUAAAAGAAACAAAAGUAAUAGGCAAAGAGGGUGAAUGGAAAAUUUCAGAAAACAUAAAGUUCAAUGCAUAAUAAUACAAGCUUUUAAUUAUAAAUAUUGUGAAUAAUGAACUAUCUGUAAUAUAAAAUUUGUAUAUAUGUAUUAAGAAAACUCCAUCGAGCAAUGCUGUGAAACAUUUAUUCAACUUAUAGAAGUAACAAUAAUACAUACUCAUGGGCAUUCUUUCAGAUGGCAAAUCUUUAACACUUGAUGUGCGUACACAGUGUACAGUAUAUAUUACAAAUAAGUUUCAGUGACAAAGUACAUACCACAUAGUAUAAUGAUUUCUUUUUUAUAAUUUUGCCAUUUGGCUAUUUUGCGAGUAAGAUGCAUCCUGCAUCUUGAUCGUGAAUGCACAUACGUGACCAUGGACAUUAUAUCGGCACAUUUAGAUGAUUGAUAUAAAAUAUAUGUUUUGCUACAAAGAUAUAUCACGACAAUAAA